AUGGGGACGCCGCUGGCGGUGGUGGACCCCAGGUUGGGUGGGGCGUUUGAUGAGGUGGAAGUUUUGGUAGUGAUUAAAGUGGGGUUGUACUGUUCCGCGGAGACACCAAAGAAGAGGCCCAGCAUGAGGCAGGUGGUGAGGUAUUUGGAGAGGGAGGUGGCGCAGCCUCCGCCAGUGGUAGGGUUUCAUAAGCUUGACAAACAAAUCUUCCCAGAUGGUUUGGGCCGUCGUGGUCUUGGUGGUCUUGGCGGCGGUGGCGGCUUUGGUGGCGGGGGAGGAGCUGGACUUGGAGGUGGGUCAGGUCGUGGUGGAGGUUUUGGAGCUGGAGGAGGUGUAGGUGGCGGUGCUGGGGGAGGCAUCGGUGGUGGAGGUGGAGGUGGCGGCGGCGGUGGUGGAGGAGGAGGUGGAUUGGGUGGUGGCUCCGGACACGGUGGAGGGUUUGGAGCAGGAGGUGGUGUUGGUGGAGGCGGAGCAGGUGGAGCUGGAGGUGGAGGUGGAGGGGGUGGAGGAGGAGGAGGUGGUGGAUUAGGUGGAGGUUCCGGACACGGGGGAGGAUUUGGCGGUGGUGUUGGCGUAGGAGGUGGUGUCGGUGGGGGAAUUGGUGGUGGUGGAGGAGGUGGUAGUGGUGGAGGUGGAGGAGUUGGUGGAGGUUCUGGACAAGGGGGAGGAUUUGGCGGAGGUGUUGGUGUUGGAGGUGGUGUUGGUGGAGGAAUUGGAGGUGGUGGAGGAGGUGGUAGUGGUGGAGGUGGAGGAGUUGGUGGAGGUUCAGGUCAUGGUGGUGGGUUUGGAGCAGGAGGUGGUGUAGGGGGUGGAGGAAUUGGGGGAGGCGGCGGUGGAGGAAGAGGUGGUGGUGGAGGGAUUGGUAUUGGAAUUGGCAUUGGAGUAGGAGUUGGGGUUGGAGGUGGUAAAGGUGGUGGUUCUGGUGUUAGUGUUGGAGGAGGUGGCGGUGGUAAACAUUAA